AUGUCUGCUGCCGAUCAGGCUCGCAAUCUUCUGGAUGAGCUUCUGGGUGCCACUAGGGAUGGAGGCAAAAAGCACAUUGAGUUCGACGAUCCUCGGGUUUGCAGGAGUUUCCUUCUCGAAUGCUGCCCACAUGAGAUUCUCGCUGGGACAAGGAUGGACAUAGGUGAAUGUCUCAAUAUUCACGAGGCUGGCCUCAAAUCGGACUAUCGCCUGGCGGCUCAGAAGAGGCAAUAUUACUACGAAAUUGAUGCUUUAAGGCAUUUGGAAAACUUUGUAAAUGAUGCCAACCGACGAACAGAACAGGCAAAGGCGAAACUAAAAGAAACCCAAGAGGAGUUGACAGAAGAGGCAGCUCUUCAAGUCGAAAAAAUCAAUAAACUUAGUGAGGAAAUUGGUGUCACUUUAGCGAAAGCGGAGAAAAAAGGCAAUGAGGGCCUUGUAGAAGAAUCCCUUGAGCUAAUGAACCGUGUUGAGGAGUUAAACAGCGAGAAGGCCAAGCACGAAGCCGAUCUUCGAAAUGCCAUCCCAGUGAGUACCUAUCAGCAACAAAAGCUUCGUGUCUGCGAUGUUUGCUCAGCUUAUCUCGGUGUUCAUGACAAUGACAGACGUCUUGCUGAUCAUUUUGGCGGCAAGCUUCAUUUGGGAUUUAUUGCCAUUAGGGAGCACCUUGAGAGACUAAGAAAGUACGUGGAAGAGAAUGACUUAAUUAGAAAACAACGGGAGGAUACUGAAUCUAGGAGAAGUUCUAAAAGAGACAGGGAACGUGAUCGGAGUCGAGAUAGGGAUCGAGAACGCAGACAUCGUCAUAGUCGUUCACGUAGUCGAUCUCGUAGCCACAGACGCGAUAGACAUCAUAAAUCGUCCAAUGGUGGUGGUAGUAGUGACGGCAGUAGACGUCAUAGGGAUGACAGUCGCGAAAGAAAGCACAAGCAGAAAAGCUCUCGAUCGCAUGAUCGCUAA